AUGAAGGAUGGUCACUGCAGUAAAAGGUAUCCUAGGCCAUUUGUGAGUGAAACAAGGACAGGAUAUAAUGGAUACCCCACUUACAGAAGGCGUGCCCUAGAGGAUGGUGGUCAUCAUGUGCUCAUCAAAGUUGGCAGUGAAUACGUUCCUAUGGACAACCGUUGGGUAGUGCCUUACUCUCCUGUUCUAUCUCAGACGUUCAAAACCCACGUCAAUAUAGAGUACUGUAGCAGUUUCAAAUCGAUCAAGUACAUUUGUAAAUACGUCAAUAAGGGUACUGACCAUGCCACGUUUGCUGUUAGUGACGAAACAGAUGAAAUCCAGAGAUACCAGAGUGGACGUUACAGCUGCAAAUUUGAGGUAGUGUGGCGAAUAUUGUCUUUCCCUAUACAUGAGAGGUUCCCUGCUGUCUCGCACCUGGAAGUCCACCUGCCAGACGAACAGCGAGUCUACUUUCAGCCAGACAAUGUCAGGGAACAAAUGGAGCGUAACACAACUCUUUUGGCAUUCUUUGAUCUCUGCUAG